ACUUUCCCGCUGCGCGGUCGUCAAACCGAGGGGAGCGAAGACUAGUGUACCUGAGUGAACAUGUCGCGUAGGCAGAGGGAAUGAAUAUAGAAAUUAGAGUAAACAACACCCUCAAUGGUGUUCCCUGGCAUGACUUGACACUGAGUUGUUAUUUCUGAAACCAUCUCUUUGACCUUAUGGAUGGAAUUUCAAUGAAACUCAUGAAGAUUUCCAGAUCACGUUCUUAGGGACGUUGAAAAGAUGUUUAUUAUAGCAGCACGCGCCGCUACAGAGCUGAGAAGCCACCAGUGAGGAGUCGGCCUGUGGUGACAUGCGAUCCCCGUGAGCGCCACAGCGUCCCCCUGGUGGAGAGAGGAUGCCGGUGCAGGCGGCCCAGUGGACCGAGUUCCUGUCCUGCCCCAUCUGCUACCAUGAGUUUGACAACAGCAGUCACCAGCCCAUCAGCCUGGGCUGCUCCCACACCGUGUGCCACACCUGCCUGCACAAGCUGCACCGCAAGGCCUGCCCCUUCGACCACACCGCCAUCACCACCGACAUAGACCUGCUGCCUGUCAACACUGCCCUGCUGCAGCUGGUCGGGGCGCAGGUCCCAGAAGCCCAGGCCGUGUCCCUCAACAGCCAGGGGGAGGUGGAGCAUUACGAGGUGUGCAGGGUGUGCGUGGAGGACCUGGCUAUCUACCUCAAACCCAUCAGUGGAGGGAAAGGUGGGGUGACCCUGAGUCCGAGCGCGCUCAGUCGGCCCAUGCAGAGGAAGCUGGUGACGCUGGUGAACUGUCAGCUGGUGGAGGAGGAGGGGCGUGUCCGGGCCGUGAGGGCAGGCCGGUCGCUAGGGGAACGCACGGUGACCGAACUCAUCCUGCAGCACCAGAACCCACAGCAGCUCUCUGCCAACCUGUGGGCAGCUGUCCGGGCCAGAGGCUGCCAGUUCCUGGGGCCUGCCAUGCAGGAGGAUGCUCUGAAGCUGGUUCUGCUAGCGCUGGAGGACGGCUCAGCCCUGUCCAGGAAGGUUCUGGUUCUGUUUGUGGUCCAGAAACUGGAGCCGCGCUUCCCUCAGGCCUCCAAGACCAGCAUAGGUCACGUGGUGCAGCUCCUCUACAGGGCCUCCUGCUUCAAGGUGACCAAGCGUGACGAGGACUCGUCCCUCAUGCAGCUGAAGGAGGAGUUUCGGACGUACGAGGCGCUGCGGCGGGAGCACGACGCCCAGAUCGUCCACAUCGCCAUGGAGGCGGGCCUGCGCAUCUCCCCCGAGCAGUGGUCCUCCCUGCUCUACGGAGACCUCAUCCACAAGUCCCACAUGCAGUCCAUCAUAGACAAGCUCCAGUCCCCAGAGUCCUUUGCGAAGAGCGUCCAGGAGCUGACCAUCGUGCUGCAGAGGACAGGAGACCCUGCCAACCUGACCAGCCUGAGACUGCACCUGGAGCUGCUGGCCAACAUCGAUCACAACCCAGAAGCGGCAGCGCCAUCGUGGGAGGAGCUAGAGAGUGUGAUGCUGGCUGUGAAAGUGGUGGUCCAGGGUCUGGUGGAGUUCAUCCAGAACUUCAGUAAAAAGAGCCACGAGACUCCCCAGCCCCAGCCCAACAGCAAGUAUAAGACCAGUAUGUGCAGAGACCUCCGCCAGCAGGGGGGCUGCCCACGGGGAACCAACUGUACCUUCGCACACACACAGGACGAGCUGGAGAAGUACAGGAUGAGGAAUAAGAAGAUCCUCAGCGUGGGCCGGCCCCUCCCCUUGCAGCAGGGGCUUCUGGGUCAAAGGCUGAGUGCGGAGGCGGGGGAAGUCCCGGCCUCUGUGGGGGGGGGGAAGGGACCAGAUGCGCGGGGCUCCCCAGUGGAAGGGCUCCUCUCCCACCCCACCCCCCAGCCCCAUCCCCAUCCUCAGCCCCAGCUGGUGUCCAGGGGAGCAGAACACAUGGAGGAGAUGAAGAGGUCUGCUCCCAAUGGCACCAAUGGGAUGAUUGGACCCUCCAGAACCUCCUGUGGUCCAUCUGACCAGAAUUCAGUCUCCCCUCCCAGGACCCCUGUCAGCCUCUCAUCUUCAGGCUCCUCCCCCCACAUGUCCGGGGGUCGGGGUGAGUGUGCCUCUGGGCUUUCUAAACAAGGGCACUUCCUGUUCCGGGGACCGCCCCCUCACCCUCAGCCACACCCUCCCCAGUCAGAACUCUACUACCAGGAACCCCGCCCAGCCUAUGACACGCCUCCCUACCAACCAUCCAGUAACUACUACCCCUCCUCUCUGCACCCUCACAAGCCAUGCAUGACUCGCUUCCUACGCUCCAGCCACGUGUCCGAGUCUUCCCUGCCCCCCUCCCUGACUUCCUCCUACGCCCAAGAGCCCCAGCAGCACCCCUCCUACCCCCCUCCUCGAGAGCGUGUCGGGGCCUACCCCACUCCCCAGUACGGGGCCCUGACCCCCAGCCACGGCGUCUACGCCCCCCUGUACGACAGCCGGAGGGUGUGGCGCCCCCAGCUGUACCACCGCGAGGACGCCAGGAGCAACUCCCUCCCCCCCGAGGUGCUGCACUCUUACCAGCCCCCUCUCCGAGAGCGCUUCAACUCCCUGGACAGCCCCUACUGCUCCGGGGGGGAGCACCGCGCGGCGCUGCACAGGGAGCCCUGUGGGCGUGUCCCUCUGGGCUACGAGGACCUCUUCAGGAGGAAGCAGGAGCAGUGGGGGCAUCAGCAUGGCAACUGCAACAGGCCGUCCCAGUCCUCCCCCAUCUUCACUGUGGACUUUGGAACGGAGCAUGUAGAAGGUGGGGGGGGUCAGUGUGUGGGCUGUCGGUAUCGAGGAGAGGAGAGUCUGGCCCACUACUCGCCCUGGUCGUGUGGUGCCAUCAGCACCUGCAUCAGCCCCUUUGAACCCGAGCACCACAACCACGCCUCCACACACUCCUCCUGCUCUGAACACUCUGAAGUGGACGGGUGUGGAGGAGGAGGGGGAGGAGGAGGGGGAGGAGGGUGUGGAGUGGGGGGAGGAGGGGGGUGUGGGGGCCAGCAUUGGUUGCAUACGCUGGAGCCUUAUCGUACGCUGAAGGAGGAGGACCCUAUCAUCCCCUUUGGGGAGGGGCCUAUCAUCUCCAAGUGGGGCGCCAUCUCCCGCGCGGCACGGACCGGCUACCACACCACCGACCCCGUCCAGGCCACCGCCUCGCAGGCUGGUGCCCGCACCACGCCCAUCAACUUCCGAGACUACGGCCCUCACCUGGGCCACGGGGACUACAGGUGGAGCUCCAGGGGCUCCGACUCCUCCAGCCACUCCAGCUUCCUAGAGAGUGAUCAGUUGUGUGUGUCGGAGCUGCAAGGCCGGCGGCGGUCCUCCAGUGGUGAGGAGAAGGUGUGUGAAGAGUUGCGUCAGCGAGAGUUCUGCCAGGACCGCACCGAGAGCGAACCGGACCGGGACAUCGAGCUGGAGCUGUCUGUUCUGGACAUGGAGGACAGGGACACUCACAAUGACAAGUCUGAGGAGUCUUUAGAUCUGGGAGCUCCACCCCUUCAGGACUCCCGCCUCCUGGCCCCCCCCAGCAUGGAGCGCCAACCCCCCCAGACAGACCCUCCCUCACCUGGCAGAGCAGACCCUCACCUGCUGAAGAAGAUGGCCUUCAGGAAGUCCCUGUCCCCGGGGGGGCUGGCCAUGGGGAAGCUGGUUCUGAGGACCGGGCCCCCUCGCCUGGGGGACACCACCCGACCCAAGGCGGGGGCUGAGAUGCUGCUCAAUCGAAGUUGAGCAGGGAAGGGAGCUCCACCCUCCACCUCGCACUUCCUCCACCCCUGCUCAGACACCACCUUGUGGCGUCACCCAGACCGGCCCCCCGUCUCCUGGGCCAUCACAGGGCCAUGAGAGGGUCAUCAGAUGAUCCCAGCCUGUCUGUCGCCCACUCAUCCGAGGGUGUGCAGUCUGGCCUUUGACCUUGAAUCGCCCCCACUGUUUAGAGGUGUGCCCUGGGGAAACAGGACAAAGAUGCGACUGUAACAACAACAGAGACUCUGAGUCCAUCCACACACUUCUCUUAUACAGACUCUUUCUCUCUGUCCCCCCCCCCCC